AUGCUGCUUGAAGAUCAGCGCUUUUUGCAUGAGGACCUGGAGAGGUUGGAGCAGGGCAUUAGCGAUAGAGUUACUGAGGAUCAUAAACAUAUCAGGGAUAAAUUGAAUCGCGAUCACCAGGUAGCAGGCUUCCUCACGAGAAUACAAGAACAGUCGGAGCGACUACUUGACAUAUACAAUGAUACUGAAGGACUGCGCUCGAAAGAGAUACAGAACAUAUCCACUGGCGAUCCUUUUGAUGAGUUCUAUAAGCAGCUAGGCGAAAUCAAAGACUUCCACAGAAGAUAUCCUAAUGAACCAGUGGAAAAUCUCGAGAGAGCAUACAAGAGGAAGGCGCCAGGAGAGGGGGAGUCUGCAACCGCAGAGGUAGACAACUUAUUCACAGGGGAAGAGGCAUACGGACGAUUUCUGGACUUGACCAUGUUACAUGAAGACUACUUGAAUCUGAAUAAUAUAAAACGCCUUUCCUACCUCCAGUAUCUACAAACAUUCGACCAAUUUGGCCCCCCACACAUGUCACUGAAGCGCGCAGAGAAGAGAUCAUCAGAAGAAUACUUUCGAUAUGUCACCCGACUAGCAGAAUACCUAGAAAACUUUCUCCAUCGUACAAAACCACUACAAGACCUCGACAAAGUCUUCGCUUCAAUUGGAGAUGACUUCACCAAGGCCUGGGAAGCCGACAAAGUACCCGAGUGGGGCCCAGAGAACCAAGCCGCAGGUCCCACAGGCCCUGUAACAGAAGGCACAGGCGAAGGAAUAUGGUGCGCCGACUGCGCCAAAGAAUUCAAGAACGACAACGUCUACAAAGCCCACCUGACGGGCAAAAAGCAUAUCAAAAACGCCGAAGCCCGUACAGGCUCUUCCGCCACCUCGAAUGGCACUACUACUAAUGGCGCCUCAUCAAAUAAAAAUCUCUCACAAAUCCAACGCCUCAAAGAACGCGUGAUAGCGGAGCGCGAGUACCGCAUCCACCGACUCGCCUCCACGCUCGAGAACGUCCGUACCGACACCCGGGUGAAUGUCGAAAGGAGGCAAGGCAUGACAGAGCGGGAGCGGCAGAUGGAGCUCGAAGCCUUCUUCGCAGAACAAGACACCGUCCCCACUGGCGGCGGUGAAAAGGGCGAAGACUCCGACAGCGAUGGCGACGAGAAGAUUUACAACCCCUUGAAGCUCCCGCUGGCGUGGGACGGCAAGCCAAUACCCUACUGGCUCUACAAACUCCACGGCUUAGGGGUAGAAUUUCCAUGUGAGGUCUGUGGCAACUUUGUGUACAUGGGAAGGAGGGCUUUCGACAAGCAUUUCAAUGAGGCGCGACAUAUCUACGGAUUGAAGUGUUUGGGGAUCACGAAUACGGCAUUGUUCAGGGAGAUCACGGGGAUUCAGGAUGCAUUGAAAUUGUGGGAUAAGAUCCAGAGGGACAAGAGGGUUGAAAGCACAAAGGGCGAUGGGGUUGUGCAGAUGGAGGACGCUGAAGGGAACGUUAUGCCGGAGAAGGUGUAUUGGGAUUUGCAGAAGCAAGGGCUAUUGUAG